UGCUGGGCCCACAGUGUGACAUGGGUCCCUGUACGGCCUCCCAUGCUGCUCCCACUCUGCCAUGUGCCACUUUCAGGUCUCCUCACACUCCUGCUGGUUUCCAUUUUGUCAUAGGUUGCUGGCAGAUUACAGGCCUCCCAUAGGUGCUGCCAGGCCCCAAAUCUGCCAUGGGCCCCCGUACCGCCUGGUCACGCUGCUGCUGGGUCCACAGUGUGUCAUGGGUCCCUGUACCGCCUCCCAUUGCUCCCACUCUGCCAUGUGCCACUUUCAGGUCUCCUCACACUCCUGCUGGUGGUUUCCAUUUUGUCAUAGGGUGCUGUAUGGCCUCCCAUUGCUGCUGCCUCCACCGCCACACUGUGGCUCCACACUCUGGUUUUGGCCCCGUGACUGGCCAAAUGAGUGA